AUGUCCAGCUCACAAGCAUCCGCGACCUCACCGCCGCCGUCCGGACGCAAAGUGAACAGGUCGUGUAUUGAAUGUACUCGUCGCAAGAUCAAGUGCGAUGGCCGGCAACCAUGCGGUAGCUGCGUCUACUACCACAAUGCCGAUACUUGCGAGUUCCGUCAACGCUCAAGGCGGAAUGCCGUGAGCAGAAGCACCUUUGACAAGACCUCAGAACAGCUGAAAUUGCAGUCCAAGGUCCUGGAGACCCUGUUCCCCGGCUCCAAUGUCGCAGACCUGCUGGAAAAGAGUCAAAGUGAACUUCUCGAGCUGCUCAACAUGAACAGCAUACCUCCACAUAAUAACCUACAACAUCAGCCUCACCUACCCAUUACUCCAGGCCCGCCACCCAUUCCUCCCCAGAGACAAGACGAAGACGGCCAGUUUGCCUCUGGUUCAACAGCCGACGAAUCCGCUCCCAUGUCUGAAAAUGGAGAACCAGCCGAGGACCGGCAAUGGGACGAAUCCCUUGACCAACCUGCCACAGUUGCAAGCGAUGAUAUCAACGCUCUUGGCUUGGCCGCGGAUAAUCAGCACGCGCGCUCUUACCUCGGUGUCACAUCCAUGAGUGCCGUGUUCAGGACCAUCUUUCGAUUAUGCCCAGCCGCAAAGGAGCAUACAGCACAAUGCGCAAGAGCCCUGACCGCAGUGCCAGCACAAGCACAACUGGCGGUUCCUGUUCUUGGCAGGGAUCCAGCGCUCGGUAUUUUGAGGGAACAGCGCUGUAUCGACUUUUAUUUCGAGCACAUCCACCCUAUUACUCCAUUCCUCGACGAGGAAGACUUUCGAAGUCAGUAUGCUUCUGGUACUCGACAGGAUGGUUCCUGGAUGGGACUGUUGAACAUGGUGUUUGCUUUGGGUUCCAUUGCUUCCGGGAGCGAGGGCCUUCAUGAGCAAUAUUACCGAGAAGCUCGCUCAUUUACUGGCCUAGAUAGCCUAGGAUCUGGGAACCUUGAAAGCUUACAGGCUUUAUGUCUCCUUGGCGGCUAUUACUUGCAUUUCCGCAAUUCGCCCAAUAUGGCAUAUAGCAUUCUCGGCGCUGCCCAACGAGUAGCCAUUGCGCUAGGCUUGCACCGUGAGCCUCGGAAAGCUGCUAAUAUGACCGAUCCAGCGGAAAUAGAGUCGUACCGAAGGCGCGUCGAAACUAGGAGACGGACGUGGUGGGCUCUGUUCUGCCUUGACACAUGGGCCUGUAUGACACAAGGACGCCCAACCUGCGGCCGGUGGGAAAGCAGUACUAUGGACACGUACUUUCCCUCUUGCCUCUACCCGGACGAUCAAUGCGCCAUUUUGCUCCGUGCUAACAUUGAAUUUUGUCUGAUAUUCGAACGGGUUCAGCAUCGCUUCGCCCAGUUUAGCCGGCUAUCAAACCAGGAGGUCCUGGCCGUCGACGCCGAACUACAGACUUGGUAUAACAGCCUACCCCAGGAAACAAGACAAGUCGACAAUGCGCCUCAGCGUUUCCGAUUCGCACGGGAGUUAAUGAAGACGAGAUACUACAACGCUCGCGUUAUUCUCGCUCGAUCACUCAUACUAUACAUGGCCCACGACUUCAAGCGCAAAAUCAGAGACCUCGUUCCUGAGCAGCGCCAAAUACUCGAUCAUUGCUGUUCCAUCUCCUCGGAAGCAAUCGAUUCAACAGCACGAUACUGGACCCCGAACCGUAUUCAUGUGUGGAACCUGGCAUGGUACCUUUUCCAGGCGUGUACAGUGCCCCUGCUCAGCAUCGCCAUUGAAAGAAAUAUGCAGCAGCGCCAGCAAGAACAGGUGCCAUCACCAGCGUCAGACAGAGUUAUCUCCUGGCAGACAAGUUUGGCCAAGGCGCUGGAGACAUUUGCCGAAAUGCGGCCCUGGAUGCGCGCCUCUGAUCGUUCUCCGGAUAUUGUAUCUGCCUUGUACGAAGCACUUACAGUGGUUGGGGGAGGGGAUGACCAGACACCUUCUGCUACGGACGGCAGCUUGGAUCUCUUUGGCUGGUGUGACGAGCAACUUACUGAGAUGGAUUGGGGGGUGUUUCUCGGCGAUGAGACUUUGGCAAGGGGGAUGUAUCCGAUGUGA